AAUAGGCCAACUAGGAUUUGUUUCCUCUUUUCCCCAUCUUCUAGCUUCACCAAAAAAUAAUACCUCCUUCCUCUUUCAUGUGUCCAAACCUAAGUUAAGAAGAUCUUUAAAUGAAUCAUGGCUAUUUCUACAACAUCAUCUCUAUUUUCUCUAUCAACACCUCUCGUUCACAGUACAAACAUCUUAUUUUCCUCCCAAAAGUCUAGAACUGUCUUCAAUCAGUAUCAUUAUCAUACCAACAACAUAUCAUCAUAUCAACCACUCAUUUCAAUUCUCAACUUAUCCAAACUAAAACCCAUUGAUUUUCACCGUAACCCAUCUCAAAAAUACAAUCUUUAUACUAAAAAUCGCAGAAAUUUGAGGAUUUCAGCUACUUCUUCUGAAGAUGCUGCUGUAAUUCCAUCUGAAACUGCCCAGCAAAUUGUGGAUAGUGCUGCGACUUCUGGAAAUGAUAUCACUUCUACUGUCAUUUCAGUCCUUUUGUUCAUUGCUUUUGUUGCCCUUUCUGUUCUCACUAUUGGGGUUGUAUACAUUGCAGUGACAGAUUUUCUGCAAAAAAGAGAGAAAGAGAAGUUUGAGAAAGAAGAAGAAGCUAAAAAGAAGAAAAGUGGGAAGAAGGUUAAAGUAAGAUCUAGAUCAGGUCCUAGAGGUUUUGGUCAGAAGGUUGUAGAAGAAGAUGAUUAGAAAAAAUUUUGGGAAUUUGAAGUAUUGUUCAUUGCUAGUCAAUUACUGUUCUCAAAACUUGGUAAAUUAGUGGGUUUCUUUAAAAAAUUGAUUCCCCCAAAUGUUCAUGAUCUGAUGAUUAGAACAGUAAAUUCUUUUGGCAGACUAGAUCUGAAGAUUGAUCUUACAAUUACAUGGGUAAUACUUAAAUAUUGUUUAUCUUUGUUGAGCUGAA